AUGGCAGAGAAUAGUAAGGUGAAAUAUGUAGAUACAAACACGGCUUUAGUAAAGAUGACCAGCGGUGUGCCGUUUACUAGCAGUAGUGCAAUGUCCGACAGUGAAGAUGAUGGUUUCGUUGACAAUCACAAUCGCGAUUUCGAUUUUGCAAUUCAAGACAUGGAAUCAAAGUCAAUAGAUUAUAUAAACACUGCUGUUGAACAUAAAAUAAACAAGGAUACCACAAAAGAAAGUAUAUCUAACCAGGCACCUCAUCAGCAAAUACAACACCGACAGUGUACAUUAAAUUAUCAAAGUUCUGUGAAAUUACCGUCUGCUAGUCCAGGCACCACCUAUCGAGGCAUUUCAAAUGAUGUGGGAUCUUUUCCAGGACAGUUAUUAAGACAUAAAGACGAAACAGAGAGUGAAACAAGUGAGCAAGACUUAACAUCGAGGCAAAACCUGCCUGAAAGAGCUGAUAGGGAAUGCAACAAAGUAACUGACUCUCUUGCAAGUUCCAGGUCCUGGAAUGAUUUUCAGAGUGUAGCAGUUGAUUCUGGCAAGAGGAAAUCAGGAGCUGACACACACAGGGCAGAGGCAUCCCCCUCCAGAAAACAUAAACAGUCUUCCCAGCAUGUAUCGGUUAAAUCUUUACGAGAACAAGGAAACACUAACCGGCUGUCACAGUCUUUGGAGAAUUCACAGUGGGAAAGUGGUAUGGCCGUAUCAAACUCUAUGAGUGCCAUUUCAAAAACAAGUCAUAGACAUAAGGUGAAUGCCGGGAGAAUGAACCCCUUCAACAAUGAACUGCUCAUUGAUGAGGAUCACUUUUCAGACACUUACGAGAAUUAUUUUCGAUCUGAUAGGCAUUCUACCAGCAGUACCAGGUCAUCUUCGGUAUCACAAGGACCUGACUGGCAGCAUGACCCAUCAGACAUUUCGUUUGCAGAGCUUGGCUUAUCAGAGGAUCACUUCUCUCAUCCCCAAGGUCAUUUUGGGUUGAGUGGAGCUGAAGAACUAGAGCUGGCAAUAGAAAACUGUAAGGAACUUAUCCGAGACACAGUCCCAGGCUCAGACAAACAGAAAAACCUGGUCUUGAAACUGGUGCAGCUGAAGAUUAAAUUGCAAGAAGUCAAGGAAGGUCCAGAACCAGUGCCAGACAAUGUGAAGCUCAUCUUGUCUCACAAAAUGAUGCUCAUGAGCAGUCGGACCAGCAAAUAUUAUUGUGAGCGCUGUAAUGCGGCAAUCUGGGGCAUGCUGCAGGUGUGGUACAAGUGCACAGAGUGUGGUUACAGAUGUCAUGAGAAAUGUUUACAGCAAAUACUUCGGACGUGUGCGAAGGCAAAGGUUUUAGAAAACCCGACACUGAUCACCGAAAUCUGUCCGAAGGAAAGCAAUGGUUUGGCUGGGCAGAAUUACAGGUGCUGGGAAUGUCGAUCAGCUAUCUCUUAUAAGAGUGGGCACAGUGAACCACGGCUGUGUGACUACACAGGUCGUUACUAUUGCGAGUUCUGCCACUGGAACAACACAUUUGUCAUGCCUGCUCGAGUGUUGCACAACUGGGAUUUCACACCACACAAGGUCUGUCGAGCAUCCAAGCAAUUUUUAAGGCUCAUGCAGAAGAAGGCUGUGAUUAGAAUUCAAGACAUAAAUCCCAUGUUGUUUGUUUAUGUUGAUCAGCUGAAUGAGAUUAAG